GGCUAAUCAUAAUGGACAUGCCUGAAUCACUUACCCUUCAUGAUGAGGAGCAGUUGACCCCAUCUCCUGAUGUGGAAGAAAACCUGGUGACAGGACUCACGUGGAAUGAGGAAGAAGGCAGGACAGAUGGACGUGAAGAAGAGCUUGAGGAGGAAACGGCCAGCAGGGUAGCCAAUCCGAAGGAAGUUGCUGAAGGCACCGGGUUUGCCUUUCGCAGGGAAAGUCACGAGGAAAAUGCCCAAGCUAAUAAGCCAAAAAAAAAAAUGUGCCUAAAAGACCGAGUCUGCACAUUGCACUUGCGGAGGAACCUGAGCCAAUUGGACAGGAUGCAUGACGAAAAAGAGCUUCUUAUUCGGAAAACCCGGGAGGAGCUGAACACCUGUCGCAAACGGAUUGUGAUGAUAAUCCAACAGCAAGAAACUGUGGAGGCAGAAAUCCAGGCUGAGAAAGAGGCCAACAACACUGCGACUGUGUUCCGCUUACAGGCCACUCUUCGGCGCCUGGGCACCGAAUUGAGGAAUGAGAAGGACCUGGAAUUGGAAACAGCGAGGCUGCUGAAGGAGCAUGAGUACAAUAUGUGGCAUGUUGCCAUUGAAGAAGGAAGAUUGGCAAGUCUUCGCCAAACUCUUGAAAAAGAAGAGGAGGAGUUAGAGAGACAGCGCAUUGAACAGGCAGCAGAGAGACUUUGGAAGGAGAAAGCAGCAUUUUCAAAGGCAAAGCGAAAGGAACAGAUCAGGAAGAAGAAAGAGGCGGAAGCCCAGGCGGACUAUGAGCUCCAACAUCGCAAAAUUAUACAAGAUGCUCAGCUGAAUCACAAGAAAGCAGUGCAGUUUCUAAGAGCCACAAUGGCGAGAAUUCGAAAGAAAGAAAAAAAGGAAGAACUGAAAUCCCGGGAGCACAUGAAAAAGCGGAUGGAAGCUGUGCUGACGCUGAAAAAAAACCUCACCGCAAACCAGGAAAUCCUCCGAUUGCUUCAGGCACGAGAGAAAGCCAGAGCACAAGAAGUCAAACAGCAGGAGCAGAAUUUGAAGGAAGCUAUACUAGCGCAAGGUGGAGAUGUUACCAAGCACCUUUUCCAUCACAAGCGGCUUGUGGAACUGGAAAAACAGAAACAAGCCUUUGAGGAGGAGCAGAAGACUAGAAAGUGUGAGAUUGUGGCUCGACUCUUGCAAGAAGAAGCUCAAGGAGAAAAGCUGAAGGCAAAACAGCUUGGCUUCAAUGCCCGGAAGGUUCCAGAAAAAAUCAAAAUCCACUCAAGCGUGAGAGCCAAGACCCAGGGUUUCUUGAAGGUUCUCGACAGUGAGCCAAUGGCAGCAGCUGCCCCAGCCCUCCAGCCCACCGAGGAUUUGCGUUCCCCAUCAGCUCCUUCCUGUAAAAACUGGCCAGGGUUGGUAGGAGCAGUCUCCUGUGAAUCCGUCCAAGCUGAGGCCAUUCACGUCAACACUAACACUGAAGAAGAAACACUUGCUGAACCCGAGAUUCUGGGCCUUUGGGCUGAAGAGUAUAAACCAUAUAAGGUCCCAAAGGAUGAGGUGGAUCGAAAGCCUGUGGGUGGGACUCAGAUGGACAAGGAUAUCUUGGCUCACACCCUGGAGAAGCUCCGAGCCGGAAUCAUUCGCAAACAAGUUGUGUCCGGACAUGAAUUUAAGGGCUGCCCCUUCUAUAGCAAGCCAGACCUCAUUCACUUUAAGGACUUUGAUGUUGGUAAAACCUACAAGAAGAAGAUGACAUUAAUAAAUGCAUCCUACAGUGUCAACUACUGCAAGAUAGUGGGAGUUGGGGAGCAUCUCAAAGAUUUCAUCGACAUUCACUUGGAUCCUCCUGGCUCCAUGUCAGCUGGAAUGUCGUGCAAAGUGGUAGUCACUUUUAAGCCGAUGAUAAAUAAAGAUCUUGAAGGAGACAUUAAGUUUCUGGCUCAGACGGGUGCUUUUUCCAUCCCACUGAAAUGUACCACAAAGAAAUGUGUGCUGGCACUGGAUAAAGAGCUCAUUGACUUUGGCACGCAUGUGGUGGGGGAGACAAUUUCCCGGACCAUCACCCUGAUGAACCAGGGGGCCUUGGGGACGAGAUUCCGGCUCCUCACAUCACCAGGUCUCAGUGCUUCCCACCUGACAGCAGCCAAGUCCUCCACUGGGACAACGGAGAGUUCCUAUUUUUUGGAAGACGAGAAAUUUGAAAAGUCUGAGAAGGAUUUUAGCAACGUUGAAGUCCUCCAGGUUGAACCAAAUCCCCAUUCCUCCCCUGAAGUGAUCCAGAACCUCCCUCCCACCGAGAACCAGGGCACUGAAGGCCAAGAACCAAGUUCUGGAGAAGAACCCGUCAGGCAAGAAGAGGCCACCGCUUCUGAAGAGAUUGCACCCGCGCUAGUGGAGCUGCCACCUGAAGAAGAACCCCCUGAAAUCAGACUUGGAGAGGUCACAGAAGGUGCAAUUGGAUCCUUCGGCUCCAUCAAACUUCCAGUCGUCUUCACUCCGCUGUUGCCAGGAAGUGUGACCGCCAGCUUCAUGGUUGCCUUUGACAACCCUGACUGCCCGUCUUUACAUUUCACAGCCACUGGGGUUUCUAUCGAUGUCCCGGUGUGGGUGCCAAAUCAGAGCAUCGAUCUCAAGAUCUGCAUGUACGAUCGACUCUACCAAGAUUCCAUCGUCAUUCAGAGCAGAGCCAAAGCCGCCCUGCGUCUGAAGUUUGAAGUAUGUAAAGAACUGAGAAAUCACAUGGAGUUGCUUCCCCAAAGUGGCUACAUCCAAGCCCAGGCCUCCUACACCGUACAACUCAAGUUCUUGCCCAGGCACUCACUUCCAGAAGAUGCAGGAAAGUAUUUUGACAAAGAUACCAGAGUGCUGGAAGCACCAAUGACAAUAUCAGUUGCUGAUCAGAUUAAGCCUGUGAACUUUAUUGUCCAUGCAAUUGUCACAAGUUCUGAUUUGGAACUCCAUCCAGCAGUGGUGGAUUUUGGAUACUGCACUAUCUAUGAAGCUGUCCGAGCAAGAAUCGCGCUAGUGAAUAAAGCCAUCCUGCCUCAAGAGUUUGGAUUUGUUGGGAUCCCUGAGGUGGUGGAAUUCCAGCCCAAUGAUGGGUUUGGAACUCUCCUGCCCCUGGAAACCCUCCACCUCGAUGUCAUCUUCAAGCCCAACAAGGCCAAGGAAUACAGCUUUGACCUGGUGUGCAAGUCCGAGAUUAACAGGCAGUUCAAGCUCCCAUGCAGGGCAAUCGGAGUCCACCCACCCCUGGAGCUGUCACACUCUCUGGUGAAGUUCCCGGCCACAGCUCUGAACGACGUCUCCUCUGUGAUCCUGUACGUGGUGAACGCCCACGUGAGCAUGAACCACAUGACCCACUGCGUGCCCCGCAUUGGCAGUGGGGAGCCCGCCCCAGUGGGCCCCACGUCUUUCGAAUUCCUUCCACCCGAAGGAGCACCUAUCACCAUCGUCCCAUCUGUGGGGACUGUGUGGCCGGGGAAGAAGUGCCUGAUUCGAGUGUCUUUCAGACCAGUGCUGUCAGAUCUUUUGAUCAGAAAAGAAGCAGUGGCCAUACUGAUCCAAGAAAAUGAAAUGAAGCAGGCCUCCAUUCAUCCCUCAGAAGGAUCUUCCCCCACUUCCCCUGUUCGAUGGCAGUUUACAAAGGACCCAACGAUGUCUUUGAAGAAAGAGAUAAGAAAGCAAUCCACCAGCCAGAUCACUAAACAGGCCACAAGAGAAAAACUGAUAAAAGCCCCAGUAACAGUCUCCUUUGAACCCCCAAAGCCUGAAGACAUCAAUCCUAGUUCGGAUGCCUACGCUUCUGCCCAAGCUUCCUUGACUCGGCAUUUCCGCGGAAAUCUUAAGAAAUAUACAAUUCCAUGCGUUGUGGCAAGCGGAGAUAUUAAAGAAAAAGAAGCGAAACCCCUCAACUACAGUCCUUACAACACUCUGCACCUGGAACUACACUGCCCAGCCGUGGCUCCCCCUAUUGUGGUCACCUCAGAUAAUGGGAAACGGGUCUUUGACUUUGGAGAAGUUGCAAUAGGUCACAAGGGAAUCAAAAGAAUUACAGUGCAAAACAUCUGCCAAGAACACCUGACUAUUGAAUUCUCCAUCCUGAAUCCCAAUGGUCCCUUCAUCUUUCUGAAUCCUACCCGGGCUCUCAGACCCGGGGAAACCUGGGUCUUGGUGAUCUCUUUCUCUCCGCGGGAGAGCACUCAGUUCUUUGAGACACUGGAUAUCACUAGUCAGAAAGGGACCCUCACCCUAAGCAUUCUAGGGACCGGUGUGGCCCCCACCAUCACCUGCUCCAUUGAAGGAGAUGUGCUCAACAUGGGAUAUGUCAUGGCCCGGGAGACCAGUAUUUCCACAUUUAAGCUCCAGAACAGUUCCUCCCUUCCGAUCAAGUACUCCAUGAAACUGGAGAGUCUUUCUAUAAUGAGGAAUAAAGAUCCAGAGCAGCUGCCCAUUUUUAUCACUUCGCAAACGCAAAGGACGAGCAUAGUGGGCACGCAGAACUACAGCGGCCUCAGCGUCUUCAGCGUCGUCCCAGUAGAAGGGGUCAUCAAGUCAGGGAAAAGCCAAGAUUUUACGGUGACCUUCAGUCCUGACCACGAAAGCCUGUACUAUUCGGAUGAGCUGCAAGUGGUGCUCUUUGACAGGGAAAUAGCAUGUGUCCUGAACCUGAAGGGAGCUGCAAGAGAGCAUAUGAUGUUUGUGGAAGGCGGAGACCCGCUGGAUGUGCCAGUCGAGUCUUUGGCUGGCAUCUCCACCUCUGGAGAAGAGUCCCUAGAAGAGGUGGAGGAGCACCCACGGCCCAUCCUGCUCAGCCUGGAGUACAUCCAGUCCGGUGCAUCAGAAGCCCCCGCCACCCGGGAGCUGCAAGUGGGCUGCAUCCGGACCUCUCAACCUGCCUCCAAAAAGACAGUGGAGUUCAGCCUAGACAGCCUCCCUCUCCUGCAGCAGAGAGGCUUCACCAUCGACCCCACGAAGGGAGCCGUGGAUCGCGGGCAGACCAAGUCCAUCACCGUUACGUGGCUGCCACCUGUAGGCUUUGAUCCGCACCACCCUCUGACAGUGACGGCACUGCUGACCCUCAAAGGAGACGUGAAGGAGACCUACCGCAUCCUCUUCGUAGGCCGGGUGGUGUUGGAGUGAAGUCCAGCCCAGGGGCUGGGCCGACCCCCGCCAGGGGAAGGGAGGCGAAAAGACUGAGCAACGGGGUGGUCAUGGGGUUGGGAGCUGAGGCAAGAAUUCCCCAAAGUGUCAUGUUCACCCAGGCCCACCCUUCCCUCAAAAUCCAGCCACAGGCAGAACCUCUUUUGGAUAAAGGUCUCUCCACUGGAGUCUCUCAAUCAAUGGGUCAGUGGGCUGGGAGGGGCUAGCCCUCUGCCCCUAAAAGUGGGCAGUGCCCCCCACCUUGGGGAUGGCUGCCAGUCAUAUCCACUCC